AUGAUUUAUUUUUGGAAAUCUUUGAAAGAUCUUGUAGAAAAUCACGAGGUAGUAUUUGUGAAUUUUUACGCUGACUGGUGCCGAUUUUCGCAGCAUCUGAAGCCAAUUUUCGAAGAAGCAAGUAAUCAAUUUAAGAAUAGAGGGGAUCGCGUUGCUUGGGCUACUGUGGAUUGUGAUCGAGAAACUGAUAUUGCACAAAAAUAUCACGUCAACAAAUAUCCGACAUUGAAACUGUUUCGAAGCGGUGAACUUGUGAAAAAGGAAUACCGUGGACAACGGUCAUCAUCUGCUUUGUCACAAUUUAUAGAAAAAGAAUUACUUUCGACCAUCCGAAAUUUUACAUCGAAUGCAGAUUUAGCUAAUCAAAUUGAUCAGGAAAAACGCAACGUUAUAGCGUACUUUGAUAAAGCAGCUGGUCCAGAAUUCGAUAAUUUUAUCAGAACUGCAUCAUUAUUGCGAGAUGACUGCACAUUUUGGCUUGGUAUUGGUGAAACUUUCGCUUCUGAACUAACAAAAGGCAAUAGACUUGAGUAUAGGCCCACAGAUAUCAAGGAAAGAGCUGAAUACACCGGUGGACUUGCAAACUUUGAAACAAUGAAGGAGUGGUUAACAGAUAAAUGCAUACCGUCAAUUCGAGAAAUAACUUUCGAAAAUGCUGAAGAAUUAACUGAAGAAGGACUUCCUUUUCUUAUUUUGUUCCGUACUGCAGGUGAUUCAAAAAUUGAGAAAAUCUUCUCGGAUCAGGUUGCACGUGAACUUUUCGACCAAAAAACUAGUAUCAAUUGUUUAUUUGCUGAUGGUAAAAAAUUUGCUCAUCCUCUAAAGCAUUUGGGUAAAACAAUGGAUGAUAUGCCUAUUCUCGCAAUUGAUUCUUUUCGUCAUAUGUAUCUUUUUCCGGAUAUAAAUGAAUUAACAGUACCUGGAAAAUUACGCCAGUUCGUUUUGGAUCUACACUCAGGUAAGCUGCAUCGAGAAUUUCAUCAUGGUCCAGAUUCAACAAAAUCUGUUUUGUCAUCAUCAUCUGAUGAUUUGCUUGAAAAGAGAGCUAAAGAAAUUGCCAAACAGCAGCCACCAACAAGUGUCUUCAAGCAUUUGAAACCAGCUGAAAAUCGGUACUCUUUAUUAUCUAAGGACGAGCUGUGA